CUUCGUUGAACGGCGACUUUUGGAGAUCACCGUCAUAUGUGUUGUCCUGGGCAACAGACUUAACAGGUUAACAGGUUUAGCUACCGUUAGCCGUGGCCCUGUCCUGGUUGACAUGACAACUUUCCCGACCCCUGUCCUGGUUGACAUGACAACUUUCCCGACCUGCUGAUGACCCGUAUGUCAUCCCUGUGAUAUUCCUGCCCGGUGGGACCAUCUUAAACAACACAUCAUGGAUGAGGAGUCUGUAGACCAAGUGUCCAACCUGUCUCCUCUUCGCCACAAUGCUGGAGCUGACUGCAACCAUGGUGACCAGAGCUCACUGUUGAGCCAGCGGGAGAUGGUGUUGGAAAACCACGAUUAUCUCCAUCACCGUGAAACACUGGCCUCAAAGGUUUCAGCGGAAGAGAGAGGAGUGUGGUGCGAGUCUGAUGUCCCUGUAGUACAACAGAACAACCUCGACAACACAACAUCAUCCACUAAGAAGUCUUUCCCUUGCUCUGUGUGUGGACGACUCUUCACUACAAAACAGUCCCGGGACCGACACAUGAAGACCCACACGGGAGAGAAGCUGUCCCACUGCACCGUGUGUGGGAAGAGCUUCUCUCAGCAGUCCUCCUUUAGGAUACACCAGAAGAGCCACACGGGAGAAGCCCUACCGCUGCCUUGCACCUGACUGUGGGAAGAGCUUCUACCAAUCAGGAGCCUUGUUGAGACACGGAAGGGGUCACGCUGAGAGGUCGACUAGACUAAGAGCUGCUGAAGAUGUGCUGCCACACCAACAGGAGCUGCUUGUCCAACAGGACGAUACUAGU